CUGGGGGCGGCGCCCCAGAGUACGCAGGCCUAGUCCCCCAGUCCAGGUUUUUAGAAUAGUUUUCGGCCUGGGAGCCAGGGGAGAGCCACCCACAGGAGCAUCUCCACCCUCGCGCAGUCUCUCGUCUGUAAAAUGGGUUUACGGAUAAGGGCUGUCGUAAGGACUUAAGGACCGGUCAAACCUUAGAACAGUGUCUGGCACCAAGGCCUCGUUGUGUAAGUGCCAAAUAUUGUUAUGCAGCAGCUCCAGGUCUCUGCCCAAAGACUUCCCUGACCUUACAAAUACACACACACACACACACACACACACACACACACACACGCACGCACGCGCGUGUUCUCACUCAAUCAGAGCUAUGGUGGCCCUUGGGCUCCUUCACGUCUCUAUGACAACUGUCCUGGUUGGCGAGGUGUGACCGACGUCUGCUUUGCGCCCGGCUCAGGCACUGCGUGCGACCAGGCCCGGCACAGAGAGGCUGCCGGGAGGGCGCAGAUUCACUCCUUUACUGGCACCCUGCAAGGCACUGCACCAGGACGGCGGCAGUAUGGCGGGCGUGGAGCAGAAGGAGGGCACCAUCCAGGUGCAAGGCCAGAGCCUCUUUUUCCGGGAGGCUCGGCCUGGAGGUGGGCAGGCUGCCCGCUUCUCAGUUCUGCUGUUGCAUGGCAUCCGCUUCUCCUCUGAGACCUGGCAGAACCUGGGCACACUGCACAGGCUGGCCCAGGCUGGCUACCGAGCUGUGGCUGUUGACCUGCCAGGUCUGGGGCGCUCUAAGGAAGCAGCAGCCCCUGCCUCUAUCGGGGAGCUGGUUCCCAGCAGCUUCUUAGCAGCUGUGGUGGAUGCUUUGGACCUGGGCCCCCCAGUUGUGAUCAGCCCAUCGCUGAGUGGCAUGUACUCCCUGCCCUUCCUCACCGCCCCUGGCUCCCAGCUCCGUGGAUACGUGCCAGUGGCCCCCAUCUGCACUGACAAGAUCAAUGCUGCCGACUAUGCUAGUGUGAAGACCUCGGCUCUUAUUGUAUAUGGAGACCAGGACCCCAUGGGUCAGACCAGCUUUGAGCACCUGAAGCAGCUGCCCAACCACCGGGUGUUGGUCAUGGAGGGGGCGGGGCACCCUUGUUACCUUGACAAGCCUGAGGAGUGGCAUACUGGGCUGCUGGAUUUCCUGCAGGGGCUAGCAUGAGGCCCAGCCCUGCUGAUGGGGUGGGCUGCUUGCCUGCCCAAGGCUCUCUCUCCAUGGGUUCCUGCUCAUCAUGCACAUGCAACAGGUGUGUCUGUCUGUCUAUCUGGGUACUUGUCUUUGGGGGUCUGUCUUUUUCUCUUUCUCUUGCAGUGAUAGACUGAGGAGUUGAAAUCAAGAGAAAACAAUUCGGGAAUCAAGGGACAUGAUCUGGUAGAGGGUAACCCAUUAGAUGAGCUUCUGCUAUAAGGCUUUCCUUCCUAGGCUGUACUCUCCUCUGUUCUGCCCAGCCUCCUCUCCUACCUGCCACCUGCUCCUUUGGCUGCUUUGCAGCCCCUACCCCACCUCUUAGGCCACAGAUACCUACAUGCCCACAAGCAUGUUUACCCAUGUUCCCAAAUAUGACCCAACAACAUAGGUCCAUGCACCUCUGACUGCAUGCAUGCUCAGGUGCAGCUUUGCAUUGCAUCCACAGACACACAUGCAUGCCUGUGCUUCCACACAAGCACUUGCACAGGCAUAUGUGACCUCCCAACCAUGCAGCACCCCGCUGUCGGGGAAGGUAAGGAAUCCAGGGGCCAGCACUUGCAGGAGAUCCUCUGCCAGGCUUAGGGUAUGGCCUACCCUGAACUCCAUCCACCCACAGGUUGCAGCUGACUCCAGAUCAGAAUUGCCCCCCCACAAAAGAGAGUACCAUCCCUUUGCCCUCAGAUUUCCCUGCUUUUCCUCCUAGCUCUGGAUGCCCCCCACCUCCCCAAGUUAUUAGGCCUGGGUUUUCUCAGCCAAGCUUGUUUCCUGCUCCGAGGUUUGAGGGGUGGGGAGGAGAGUGGAGGUCGGUGAAAUAAAAUGAUGCAAUUAGA